UAUGAACAGAAAAGGAUCUACAGGACAGAAGAGACUGAACUAAAAAUUGUUCCAAUGGGACGAUUAACGGGAUUCCUAGACGGCCAGUGGUGGCGUCUUCUGUUGGUGUGUCUGCUGAUGCUCGCCACCGCUUCAUCGUACUCUAUACCCAGUCUUGAGAUGCUCAAUGCAGAGGGCACAGGGGGCAGGGAUCCCGGACAGCUGGGGGAGAUAAACCGUGAAUGCUGGGACGCUUCGUCGCUGGCAGUAAUACAAGCGCGCAAGUUGCGCGUUGCAGAUACAGUUGCUGGGCUCUGGGACUUCAUGACAUACCUGAGCGGGUCUAAUCAACCCAAACAUCAAGACAUGUUUAUGGAGCUGGCGCAGGUCUUUUGGGAGAGGUAUGUGGACUGUGUGCUCGCACGGGCGCACGGACUCGGCAGAAGGGCCAGCGCGUCCAGCGAUCGAUUGAGUUUCCUCCCGUUUAACGGCAAAAGCGUGUCCCGUUAUUUCUCUGAUACCAUGUGCGCUCAGCAGGCUCCGCGUAUCUGGGCUCGCUGUAAAUGCCUGCCGGUGCGGCACGAGGCGCAGAUGAUGCUGGAUGGAGACAGACGCCUCGCAGCUUUUUCUCUGCUGCUACUCUGGAGUAACGCCUAUGAUUCAGCUACGUGCCACGCCGUUUUAAUAUUGUCCAGCAUCAUUCAUACCCCCUAG